CUGACAGGAAGAGUUGGUGUUGCUGACAAUAUGAGGUUCCGGUUUUGCGGUGACUUGGAUUGCCCUGAUUGGGUUCUGGCAGAGAUCAGCACAUUGGCUAAAAUAUCCUCUGUUAAGCUAAAGUUGAUCUGUGCCCAAGUGUUAAAGGAACAGCUGGGAGAAACCAUUGAUUAUGAAAAAAUUCUGAAGCUAACAUCUGAUGCUCGUUUUGAGUCUGGUGACAUUAAAGCGACAAUUGCUGUACUUUGUUUUAUUCUUUCAAGUGCAGCCAAGCACAAUGUUAGCAGUGACAAUCUGUCCAGUGAGCUUCAGCAACUGGGGCUUCCCAAAGAACAUGCAGUCUCUUUGUGUCGUUCUUAUGAAGAAAAGCAGACCGCUUUACAAGAGACAUUGAGGGAGAGUAGCCUUCGCUUAUCACACUUAUCUUCGGUAAGCUGGCGUGUAGACCAGACUCUUAGUUCCAGUAUUCUCCAGGAAGUCAAUGAGCCUUUGGUCCACCUCAAUCUCCAUGUGGCAGAUGCUAGCUAUUCCAGUCCAGUUGCUGUAACUGUGUCUUCCAGUAAAUUAAGGGUGUUACUAACAGGUGAGAUUGUUACUUAUCCAUCUAUACAUGACUUUGUCAUAACCUUUCAUGUGCAAUUAGUAACAUGCAGUGUAGAAAAAGCUUAUUAUUUAGCAUGA